AUGGCUUCCCCGCGGCCAAUAAUUCUACGGUUUGAAAGCCGCAACGGCCAGUUCAGAUUGACGGUUAGCCCAGCAGAGCAAUUUACAUCUCUGCUACCAAAGAUACUCGAGAACCUACCCAAGGAUACCGAUCCAUCAUCUGUCUCUCUCUCAAAUAAACCGAUAUGUACUGGUGGCCAGGAGAGGAACCUUACAACUCUAAAAGGCGUUUCAAUACAGAGAGUCGGGCUAUCUCAUGGAGAUAAACUAUAUAUCGGCUACGAUACACAGGAAGCAUCGAGUAAUGGUUUCCCGAAUGGAAACUCGGGAGCCACUCAAAAGCCGGAGGCAGCUCAUCGUUUGGAUGGCGGCGUUGUAUCCAAACGAGAAGAACCUGCGCCAGCACCACAACCAACCUCCCCGACAGCCAUAAUAAAGAACCCUUGGGAGGUUGUGAGGCAGUCAGCUCUGGAUAACCGACUAGACCAGAAGGACGGAAAGAUCCCACGUCCCCUUGACCAAAAGAUGUGUCGACAUGGGCCCAAGGGAAUGUGUGAUUACUGCAUGCCCCUAGAGCCGUAUGCACCGGAAUACCUUGCCGAAAAGAAGAUAAAGCACCUUUCAUUCAACUCAUACCUUCGAAAAAUUAACUCUUCUACCAAUAAACCUGAACUGAAGAGCUCUUAUAUGCCUCCUCUAUCGGAACCUUUUUAUAGAGUUAAGAAGGAUUGCCCGUCUGGACAUCCAGCCUGGCCAGAAGGCAUAUGUACCAAGUGUCAGCCAAGUGCCAUUACAUUGCAGCCGCAACAGUUCCGAAUGGUCGAUCACGUUGAGUUCUCUUCUCCCGACCUCAUCAAUUCGCUGCUGGAUUUCUGGCGGAAAUCAGGCUCCCAGAGGAUUGGGUUCCUCUACGGGACAUAUGAAGAGUAUACAGAGGUGCCGCUUGGUAUAAAAGCUGUGGUACAGGCAAUAUAUGAGCCACCGCAGGUGGAUGAAGUGGAUGGCGUAACCCUCCACGAAUGGGCAAACGAAAAGGACGUGGACCAAGUGGCCAGGCUUUGUGGAAUGGAAAAAAUAGGUGUCAUUUUCACCGACCUUAUUGACUCAGGUGCCGGGGACGGAACUGUUGUUUGCAAAAGACAUAUCGACUCUUACUAUCUCUCGUCCCUAGAGGUAGUUUUUGCCUCCCAGCUCCAAGCACGGAACCCAAAACCAUGCAAAUGGAGCGAAACAGGCCAGUUUGGUUCGAAUUUCGUGACCUGUGUCUUGAGCGGCGAUGAAAAUGGUGCCAUAUCCAUCAGCGCCUACCAAGCCUCAAAUUCAUCUGUAGAGAUGGUGCGAGCAGAUAUCAUUGAGCCAUCCGCUGACCCUUCCGUAAUGCUGGUGCAGCAAGAGAACGAACUGGACAACGCAAACAUCACACGCUAUAUUCCAGAGGUGUUCUACCGAAAAAUAAACGAAUACAAGGUCAGCGUUCAGGAGAACGCUAAACCAAGUUUCCCUGUUGAAUACCUCUUCGUCACGCUCACGCACGGCUUCCCAACUACACCAACAACAGUAUUUACUGACUCCUCUUUCCCUAUUGAGAAUCGAGAGAUCAUUGGCGAAAGCCAGGACCUAAGACGUGUUGCGAGUAAGUUAACGGCUAGUAGCGAUCCCAACGAAGCGAUUAAGGCGGUUUCCAACUUCCAUCUCCUAACUUUCCUACAUGGAAUGGGUAUCCUAAGUGAAGACGAGGAAUCUCUUCUUUGCACCGUGGCUACGAAGCAUGAUCCUGCCGAAGGCGUACAAUUGAUCAACACGGCUGGCUGGGCCACGCUUGUGACAAUACUUCAGGAGAGCGGUGAGACGCCCCCAAAACGAUCUUGGCCCUUUAAGCGUCAAUCCCCAACUUAUUCCUCACCUCACCCUUCUCAAAACUCACUAUCGGAUGGUGAACAACUUGCUAAAAGGUUCCGAGGGGCUAGCCUAGAAUGA